UGGCAUUGUGGGCCAAGAAGGCUCAUGUCUCUUCUUUACUCUAUGUUUAGCUGGAGAAUAAACCUCAUCUGGACUGCUGGCAUGCCUCACCGUUAUAAAUGGCGAUAUGUUUCAAAACAACAAAGGUAUGUAUCUCAGAGGCUCUAAAUUUCUUGAAGACAAUUAUGUUUGAUGAUUCAUCAGAGACUGAGAAAGAGCAUGUUGGAGUCACAGAGGAGGAUCUGAAGAUGUUGUUAGCUUACAUUAAUGAGAAAGAUGGUGGAUCACCGUGGAACUUGAUGAUGGAUAAUUCUACUUCUACACUCUCAUUCAGAGUCUGGCGCCGUGAUUCAGAGUUUGGUCCGACUCAGUAUCGCAGCCUGGCCAUAUUUGAGAAUAUGGAACCAGAAUUGCUGAGAGAUUUUUUCUGGGAUGAUGACUUUAGGACAAAAUGGGAUGAUAUGCUUGUCUACUUUAGAAAAUUACGGGAAUAUUCAGAUACUGGAACUGUGAUUCUUCAUUGGAUCCGAAAGUUUCCAGUUUUCGGUAGUCCUCGAGAGUACAUCAUUGGUCGUCGUUUGUGGGUAUCAGGAUCUACAUAUUAUUGCGUGUCAAAGAGCUUACCGUUUCCUGGUACUCCAAGGAGCCAACGUCCAAAACGGGCGAAUCCCUACUACUCCUCUUGGCGCAUAAGGGCAGUGGAAUCAAGAAAUGGAGGGCAAUCCACUGCUUCUGAAGUUCUUGUCUUUCAUUUUGAAGAUAUGGGUAUACAAAAUAUGCUCGUGAAAAUAGGCAUUCAACGAGAAAUGUGGAAGCUCAUUAAUAAACUUGAGCAGGGCUUGCGUUCUUAUAAGAUAUCGAGGUUGAAUAGAGUUCCAUCUUCAUGAUAUACGAACCUGUACGUAAUGUCCUCUCAAAUCUGAAAUUAAAUUGAUGUCUACUAUAAUCUUAGACUUACAAAAUCAGAGAGUAGGAAAAGGUUU